AAUGGCUGACCGAUCAGUGAUAGUAGCUGAGCUUAAGGGAUGAUGUCGUGGUGAAGGUUUGGAUGAAAGUCAUGCUCUUAUGGUCAUGGUACCUGAGGAUGCUGAUGUUGCUGAAAUUGAGGAUGCAUUGCAGUCAGUAAAGAGUUUGGGCCGUGUUCGUAUACGAGGAAGGACAUUUAGUGUAAAGCAGAAUAGGAUAAUGGCUUUAUGUGAAUGUAGAGAGCGACUAACAGUGAAAACUGUUCCUCAGAAAAUAUUACCCUCUCGGGGUGGAGAAGCAUGGCCGGUUGUGGUGAUUGGCGAAAACCCUAACACUGCUGAUGAGUUUACUCAUAAACUUUUGAGUUUGUUAUAGGCAGAAGGCAAGACAGUGGAGGACCUUCGUGGGUUUUUGCCAAGUUCAGAAUCAGCUAACAGCUCAGGGUCUGUUCUGCAAAUGGUAAGCAGUUUGUUGAAAACCUCUAAGCCUUCCAAUGACAGUGUCAGUUAUCGUCGCAUUCGACUAUUUUCUGGGGUUCUGCCCACUCCAGGUGGAGAGGAGUCAUUCGAUAACUGGCUAGAGCAAGCUCAGUUGAUGGUUGAGGAAAGUGAAUGUGCAGACAAAGAAAAGAGGCGUAGAUUAAUGGAGAGCCUUAAAGGGACGGCUCUAGAGAUUAUUAAGUCUGCUAGAGUCACAGAUCCUGAUGUAAGCUCAGCAAAGUGCUUAGAAGCACUUGAAAAUGCUUUUGGAACAGCUGAGUCUGGAGAAGACUUAUAUUUCUCUUUUCGAAUGAUGCGACAGCAGCCACCUGAAAGGUUGUCGGAGUUUCUGAGGCGGCUAGAACAGUUAUUAAUCAGAGUUGUGCAGCGCGGUGGUAUUUCUGCUGAUCACAUGGACAAAGCUCGUCUAGAACAGGUGCUGAGAGGAGCUACUGCUUCUGAUCUUAUGCUGGUGAAUCUUCGGUUAAGAGAAAGAAGGGAAAAUCCGCCUACUUUUCUUCAGCUUCUGAAAGAGGUAAGAUCUGAAGAAGAAUAUGAGAUUUCAAGGAAGAAGUUAAAUCCCUCUGUGCAGUGUGUUCUGACUAGACAGGAAGUAGAAACGAGGCAAGCUGAGAUUCAGAGCCUGAAGUCAGAAGUUAGAGAGCUUAAGUCUAUGGUUGCCUCUGUGGUAAAAGAACCAAUCUCUACAGUGCAGGAGUGCGCUGAACAAAAGCCGACCCCCUUUGAUCCUGAACUCGUGGCUUUGAAGAAGCAGGUGAAAAGGCUGCAACAAAAAUUAGCAAUAAAGAAGCUAAAUCUGAUGUUGCCUCUUCUAAAGUAGAAGUGUCAUCAAGACCACCACAUUCUCAAAUAUC